AUGGUCAACAAAACGUUAAAUUAAGCCAAGCCUUUAACUAUUCUUUCUCUUUCCGAAACGUGUCUGUAGGUGUUGGAAUUUGAAGAGGGAAGAAAUCCAUACGACCAAACCAAACCUUAUACUUGUCUAACUCAAAUCCACAUUCCCUACCAAGAUCCAACACACUCUCUGUCCCUUUCACUCAACUCCUCUAUCAGGUCACCUUCUCAAUCUCACUUUUCUCUCCUCUUCAAUUAAUCUUUACCCACCUUUCUCAGGGGGUUUGAUCUGAAAUCCAGGGUUUCUAUGUAAGUUACCAAGUUUUCAUCAAUAUAAUCAGACUAAAGAAUAGUAAGGAGCAUGCCAUAGACUUAUACAAACACACUGCUGAUUAUUUAUUGACUUGAUGUGAGUGGCCUGUGCUUUGUUUCAGACUUUGUGAUAGUGUAGUCCAAGUGUUCAACAUAGAGUAAGCAGUAUGGAGGAUAUCCUAUUUGAUACCAGUUGGGAAGAUGUAAUCUGCCCUAUAUGCUUGGAAGUUCCUCACAAUAGUGUGCUCCUUCAGUGCUCAUCUUAUCAUAAGGGGUGUCGUCCUUUUGUAUGUGAUACUAGUAAAUUGCACUCAAAUUGUUUGGAUCGUUUUAAAAACACAAGUGGCAUGCCAUCUUCUUCGAUGUAUGAUGCAACUUCCCACACAUCUAAUACAAAUUCCAUGGUAAAUAGUGAGCCAGUGGCAUCUGAUUGUCAAUACAAGCUGAGUUGUCCUUUGUGUAGAGGUGAUGUUUUUGGGUGGAUAAUUAUUGAUAAAGUUCGUGUGCAUCUUGAUGAGAAGAGACGUUGUUGUGAUGAGGAGCAAUGUGCAUUUAUGGGAAGUUACUCUGAGCUACAAAAACAUGCUCAAGUGGAACACCCUCAUGCUUGUCCAUCAAAAAUUGAUCCUGCCCGGCUGCUUGAUUGGGAAAAUUUUCAGCAGUCAUCUGAGGUCAUCGAUGUUUUGAGCACCAUUCAUUCAGAAAUUCCAAGGGGAGUGGUUUUGGGAGAUUAUGUGAUUGAAUAUGGGGAUGAUGAUAGUGGAGAUGAGUUUGAGGACUUCCCUGGAGAUGAAGGUAAUUGGUGGACGUCCUGUAUUUUGUAUCACGCCUUCCAUAACUUUAGAAGUUCCAGAAACCGAAGAAGAAGGACAAGAGCCAGUGGUCCAAGUAGGGGCCGUCUAAGUUUUGAUACUUCAAAUUCUGAUGAAGGUUCUGUAGCAUCUGUAGAGUACGCUGAGUAUAGGUUAGAUGAGACCGAUGAUGAGUUUGUUAGUACAAUUGGCUCCCAAAGGGGUGGAAGUGGUUUUCGCAGAUCGCGAAGACGUCAUUCUCGCUCAAAUGAAAACUAGGUAUGUUAUGUCCACAAACAACUUCCAUUGACCUUUCUUUAUUGCACGAAGUUUGUUAUGAGGUAGUGAUGGUGGGUACUGGUAUUUUGAGUUCUUUUGUUUCAUUCUCUUUAUGUACUUGUUAAUUUUCUAAGUCUGCUAGCAGUAUUUGAACUAACGGAAGCUGAAUGAGAAGAAGGGCUUCCAUAGCUUCACUCAAACAUGGAAGCCAGUGUGGUCUUGAUGUAGCUGGUGUGAUAACUCGCAAAGGUUACAUUUAGAACAGUUCAAUGUGGAUUAUACUGAAAAAGUUCCCGGUAUGCUUACUAUUAAAGAUCAUUUAAUAUGCUAGCCAAAGUGAUUCCGCUAGCAUCAUGCUCUGCUUAAUUGUAGGACGAUGAAUUUCUACUUUUGCUUGUACAUAUAUAUCUGCUUAGUUGUUUGUGCUUUGUGAUGAGCUGGAAUGAUUCUAAAGUAGGGAUGUUAUCAUGUCACUAGCAAUUUGCAAAUACUUAGUUUUUUUUUU